UUAACUAUAUUGGUACCUUUAGUGAAGCAACUAAUUGAAUUUUGUUGUGAAAUCUCCCUGCUAUAUUUGGCAGUAUCUCUUGGAUUUUUUGAUGAUAUUUACAUUCCUUCUCAUCUUUUGCCAAGUCCAUCUCGAUCCGAGCCUGACCCUGAUAAAAGGUACGAUGUCCGAUGGAUAUGGGAAUUUGGAGAUACAAAAUACCUGAUCGAUGGGAUAGACGAGAUUAAGUUUCGAGUUCUCAGUGUUAAGUAUCCGCCAAUUCCUAUUGAGCAACCUGAAGGAUCAAAGCCAUUUGCCCCUAUGGUAGUGACUGGAUCGAUUGAUUAUGAUGGUUUGGGCCCCGUUUCAUGGUGGUAGGAUGCUUGUGACAUAAUUUUAUGAAGCGGAACCGAAGCAGCGGUAGUAUUUCUGUUAUGCUUGGUACAUUAUUUCUGCUUGAAAAUGCGGAAAUUAAACCACUCUCGACUUGGUUUCAGUUCAAUAUUCUAAAUCACUUGAAUAGGAAAUUUUGAUGAUAGCUAGUUUUAAUUUGUUAUUAUAUGUAGUCGCAAAAUUUCUACUCCCAGGUUGUCAACAAGGAAUUAAUG